AUGGACUCGCCGGCGGUUGCCGUUCCUGUCUCUGAAGAUGCAGAGCUUCCCGAAGGUGUGCGGAAAGAGAUGCUGUCCGAGCCCACAGACAGCGCCAGACCCAGUGCGGGUGAUGAGGUGCACAUUCAUUUCCGAGGGUGGUUGCCGGAUGGCAAGGAGUUUCAGAACACGCGCCGCCAGGCAGGUGAUUUUCAUUUCUCCCUGGGAAACGGUGAGAUCAACAAAGGCUUGGACCUGGGAAUUGCAACCAUGUGCAAAGGAGAGCGGGCGAAGUUCAUUUUAAGUCCCGAGUUUGCAUAUGGCGAUGGCGUUCCUGGCAAAAUACCGCCGCAGGCAACCCUGACCUUUGAAGUCGAGCUAUUGUGGUGGAGAAGGAAGGAUGCGUUGACUCCAGAUGGAGGUGUGGUGAAAGUCGUGCAGGUGGAGGGCACUGGCUGCAAGAAGCCCUACCCUGGAUGGACGGUGAGACUGCGGUAUGCUGGCUUUAUUGAUGGUGUGGAAUAUGCCAGGAGCUCUAACGACGGUGUGCAAGCAAAUGUGUCAGGACCCAAAAAUCCCUUGGAGCUGCCUCCGCGCACCUGGCAGCUGCUUUUGCAAUCUAUGUCUCAGCAUGAGAAGGCUGUCGCAACGCUGACGCCGUUGUACGCUUGUGGCACUGACUCGGCGUUCGGCUCUAGGGUGCAAAGUCAUUCAACCGUGACCAUUGAGUUGGAGCUGCUGGAUGUCUUUGAAGUGAAAGACUGCAGCUUGUUCCAGAGAUGUGGAGAGAAGAACUUUCCGCAGGUGUUGAAAAGACAACAGCUGGAUGGCGAUGCUGGCAAGAAGCCCAACAACUUGUCCCAGGUCACUGCGCUGGUCAACGGCCAGCGCGUGUGCUGGGAGCUGAUGAUGGGAAAACGUUGUGAAGCAGUUGAAUGCGCUGUGCUGAGCAUGACUAAAGGCGAAAGGUGCAUCAUUUCGGCAGAUCCCGGAAUGUGUCAAGAUGAUGAGUUGGGCCUUUGUCCAAGUGGCCCGGUGGAAAUCAUGGUGGAGCUGAUGGACUUCCAGAGGACCCCGGACACGUGGGACCUCUUGCCAUUACAGCGAAUUGAGAAGGGGAGGCUGCUCAAGAAGAGCGGGGCAGACUUCAUGAACGUCAAGGACUUUCGACGUGCUUGCUGGGUGUACAGAUCUGUUCAGGACCUGAUGGGCUAUGUGGAUGAUUGGCCUGAGGAACUGCGGUUGGCAGGCGACGAGCUCCGGCAAACCUGCCGCAGCAACGAGGUCAUGGCUUGGCUGAAGCUGGAAGAGUUUCAAGAGGCAGUGGAUCUCUGCACUGAGAUCCUCAAUGGAGGUGGCAUAAGUUCCCCGGACCCCUGCAACAUCAAAGCCCUAUUUCGGAGAGGGCUUGCGUACCUCGGCCUUGGAGAGCCUGGUAAGGCCAAGAGUGACUUCGCUGCCGUUCUGGAGCAGGAUCCGUCGAACAUGGAAGCGAAGAAGCAGCUUGCCCGGGCGCGUGCCUCCGAGAAGGACCAGGCAAAAAGAAGCCAAAACCUGAUGCGAGGCAUGAUCAGUGAAGCUGGCAACAUGGACUACCCUGUGGGGUAUACCACUCCACAGGGGGACCUGGAGAGAGAGCGCGAUGCAAUGCUAGACAAAGUCGACCAGAUCAAAGCGCAGAUGCCCCUCACCCUGUAG